GAGAGAGAGAGAGAGAGAGAGAGAGAGAGAGAGAGAGAGAGAGAGAGAGAGAGAGAGAGAGAGAGAGAGAGAGAGAGAUGGACAGCGCGGCAUCGCCACCGUUAUCUUCUGCGACGGCGUUGUCGUCAUCGUCUCCAUUCACGCUAUCGCCGCUAAGUUUUCGGAGUUCGUCUCUUCGUUUCGAAGUGAGCGCGGCUGAGUUGAGUGCAGGGCAAUCGCUUGCCUCUGUACUGAACAACCCUCAUCAUGGCAAGGGCGGGGCAAUCGAUCUAAAUGCGUCAUGGAGCGCCUGGUUCGGCGGAGCGGGCGCGGGGGAAGGCGCGUUGGCGGACACCAUUCCGCCUGUUCCCCCCGGGACGCUGGCGGAAAUCUCCCGCUCCGAUUUCGACGCCUAUUUGUCGGCCAUUUCCGACAAGUACGGCCGUUUCCUUGAGGUCCGCGACCAUUUGCUAGCCUCGGAACAAGAAGCGGCAGCCGCAGCAGGAGGGGAAGGAGGAGGAGGAGGAGGAAGGGAGGUAGGAGGACAAGGUGAAGGUGGGGCAGAAGGAGAGAAGGCGGCGCAUGGUAGCAGUAAAAGAUCGAAGGGGGCGAUGACGGCUUCGCCGGCGACCAGUGUUGGAGCGGGAGCGGGAGGUGGAGGAGGUGGAGUAGGAGGGGGAGGAGGAGGAGGAGGAGGGACGAGAAAGGAGAAGGAAAAGCUUCAGGGAGAGGGACUUGUUGUGUGCUUGAGAGAAAUACCUCCCUUGUACUUCGAUGAGGAUUUCGCUCUUGAAAACCCGUCCGUUUUCCAGGCGGCUUGCCCGGUCGCCUCUCUCCCCGCCAAUCUGAUGCUGCAAGAGAAGCUAUCUCACUACCUUGAUCUGGUUGAGGCUCAACUAGUGAAGGAGAUUUCGGCGCGCUCUGACUCCUUCUUCGAAGCCCUCGGUCAGCUUGAAGACCUAAACGGGAAGAUGGUACUAGCGUGUGGGCAGAUCAAGUCUCUCCGCACGGUUGUUGAGCUAUUGGACGGCGAUCUGAUUGAGUCCGCCAGACAAAUCCAGGCGCACUAUGUGAGGCGAAACAACCUCCUCCAUCUGCUGCAGAAGCUCAAGCUAGUUUCGUCUGUGUACCAGGCACAGGUCACGCUCCGAUUGCUCAUGGCUUCUGAGGACUGUGCUGGGGCAUUGGAUGUAAUUGAUGACUUGAAGCGGUUGCUGGAAGGUGAUGAGUUGGUCGGCCUCCAUUGUUUUCGGUACCUGGGAGAGCAGCUAACCACAUCACUUGAAGCAGUCAACGGGAUGCUUGCUGCAGACUUUGUCAGAGUGGCUGUACAUAGCAAUUCAGACCUGGAAACGGCGGCCAUUAUUGCCAACUUUGGCCCUCGCGCUCAGCAACCUGCACAUAAUAAUGAGGAUGACACUGGGAAUGGCAUUCUGGCAAGGCUUGACGAAGGGAAGGUUUUCUCUGACAAUGAAGAGGAGGAGGAAGCAG